GUCGGGAGCGCCCGCGGGAGAGGUACCUCUCGCGGUACCUUCCGUGCUUCGGUCAGCCGGUCGUGUCCGCAGGAGCGGCAGGCACCUCCGGCCUGCCGUCCCGUCUGAGCAGCGGAACCGGCGGAGACCAGAUGUUGAUGGACCCGCGAAGUUCUAGGUCCUCGCCGUGCUCGUCUGCGCCUUCCUCCAGGUGCGCGAGCGCUGGCGGCACCGACAUCGGCCCCCAGCCUCAGAUUGCCUCAUCGCGCCCGGUGGGCUACCGGCGCAGCAGUCGCCCCUUCUCGGCUCUCCCGCGGCGGGCGGAGGGCGGCAGUCACCAUGGCCGAAGCGCUCCUGGUGGUGGAGAUCGACCCGGACUCUCGGGCCAGGUGGUGGAGAUAGCCGCUCGGGCCAGUAGAGCUCUGCCACCUCCAGCCGGCGCCGUCGGGCGGCGCGACCGGGAACCCCGACGCCGCCGCGGGCCUGCCUUCGGCCUCGGCGGCCGCUCAGGACAACCACGCAACGCGUGGGGCAACCUGUCCCACGCCAUCCGCAUCGCCAAAGCCGUCGAGAGCUCGGCCGAGAAGCGGCUCCCGCUGCCGCAGAUCGGUGGAGGGUCCUGAGUGGGACCCACUUCAGGGAUCAGGGCGACAGCGACCGCCCUGCGAGCUGGAAGAUCUAUAAGGUGCAGCACCUAGAGUGCUGCAGCAUCUACAGGAGAAAGGAUGACAGGAGGGACAGAAGUUGGGGCCAGCUAUCACUUUCUGCCUGGCCUCCUGGUUGGCUGCUGGUGGCAGAGGGAUCUGUGAUGUAAGUCCGGGGAGAGGAAAUCCCAGGGAAAAAUACCUUUAAGAUGAGAAAUCAGUCAAAGGAAGAAAUAAAGUUUAAAAUUCAUUUAUUGCUUA